AUGGACCCAGAACUCCCUCCUCUGCUACGAAAUUCCAGAAACGAAACCAAAGUUUCCUAUAAACGACUAGGAAGCAGUGGACUCUGGGUUUCAGUCCCUAUUCUCGGUGGCAUGAGUAUAGGGUCUUCAGAAUUCGGAUCAUGGAUUCUCGAGGAAAACAAGGCACUCCCUCUGUUAAAGGCCGCAUUCGAUCGCGGAAUCAAUACUUGGGACACCUCGAACAACUACUCUAACGGUAGAUCCGAGGAGAUCAUCGGCAAAGCGAUCAAGCAUUACAAUCUUCCUCGGCAUAAACUUGUCAUCCUCACCAAAUGCUGGGCCCCUGUUAGCGAGCAUGAAAAUGUAUACGUUGUCCCCUUUGCAGGAGAAAUGUGGAAAGACAAGGAAUAUGUCAACCAAUUCGGCCUUUCUCGCCAAGCUAUAUUCAACUCGGUAGAUGCCUCACUGCGACGCCUCGGCGUUGAUUACAUCGACGUCUUUCAAAUCCACCGAUUCGAUCCAAAUACCCCCAUCGAAGAAACGAUGGAAGCACUUCAUGAUCUCAUCCGAAGUGGUAAAGUUCGCUACAUCGGAGCGAGUUCGAUGAGAACCUAUCAAUUCGUCAUGAUGCAGUUCUGUGCCGAGAAACAUGGUUGGACCAAGUUCAUCUCUAUGCAGAACCAGUAUAGUCUGACAUAUCGCGAGGAGGAGCGGGAGAUGAAUCGCUUCUGUAAUGAAACAGGCGUCGGUCUUAUACCGUGGAGUCCGCUCGACGCUGGUCGACUUGCCCGGCCUCUACUGCAAAUUGGGGCAACUGAUCGCUUAGGGACGACAGUCCCGAGCGAUAUUCCGAGUUCGGAUGCAGAGAUCAUUAAUCGAGUGGAAGAGGUAGCUAAGCAGAAGAGCUGGACUAUGAGUCAGGUGGCACUGGCUUGGGUAAGCCGUCGUGUUGCAAGCCCUAUCGUCGGGUUUAGUUCGGUGGAAAGGAUCGAUGGAGCUCUAGAUUGUGGGGAUAGGACUUUGACUCUGGAAGAGGAAGCUUACCUAGAGGAGCCCUAUUUCUCUCGUCAUGACUGUUGUACGCCCUAA